AUGGAUGAGGCGAAGGUUGUGAUCAUUCCAUCUUCGGUGGAAGAGAUGUGGGGCAUCACUUUGCCGGCUCCCAAGAAAAGGUCAGAGGAUUUCAAUGAAAAGUUUGACCUGAACCCCGGCCUAGGGGUCGCCUGCUGCGCUGGUGACAGAAACAGAGUUGAGGGUGUAUAUGAAGGUCUCAAUCCAUCGGAUGAGAGUCUGCUGGUGCCUCCUUCCCGCAAAACAUUUUCUCGGAUGGACCCACCUAAACGACCACCUCACACGCCGUACUUCUACCUUGACCGUAAACACCUUACUGACCCCACGAAAACAUAUCUCGGCGCCGGCGUGGUCCUCAGUAACCUCCUCGCUUCUACUGAAGAGAAUAAUGUAAGGUGCGAUGGUGACUUUGACGAUAGUAUUUUACACACGGACUCUGAUACGAAUAGGAGACAGAUUCUCUAUCUAGGCCACUUUGUGAAUCGCGUACCGCUCUCGAGAUAUUCGCCCAAGUGCAUUUUAAUGUUCGCCGGACGUUGGGUUGACUGUCACUCGUCGAUUCUGGUUGGUCAGAGCUGCGUGUGGUGGGGCACCCCACGCUAUGCCUCCGGCCGCCUAAAGGUAAUUCCAACGACCUGGAGUUUCUGGCCCAGGGAACCAUUCCCAGAAUCAGAAGACCCUUUGCUCGAAGUUUUUCUCUCGCUAUUCUGUGUUGAGGACAAGACUGGCAGCCGGCAGGUACUGUGGGCCCACGGCGAGUACCCUUUCCUUCCCAUGGUGACGCUGAGGAGCGUGCGAAAUCCGGUGCGACAAAUGAUUCCAGGCACCCCAGGCCCCACUGCAAAGGUCGACGCCAAGUCGGGGUAA